AUGGCGGAACUAGAAGAACUGAAGAAGGAGUUCGCGGAAAUGCAGAAGAGGUUAACGGAGCAAGCUGGGGCAUUGGAUCAUGCCAGAACAGAACAGCGAGAAGCCCUGGCACUGGCCAGAGCAGUAAUGGAGCAGCAAGCAUCCACUCGUGCACCCCCAGCAACGAUCUAUAUCCCAAGAGAUCAUAAACUUACUGAUUUCACUGGCACCACAAAACCUGGAGAAGGAAGUGUGGAGGAGUGGAUUGUCUCCAUGAAAUCAGCCUUUCGAGUUAUGAAGGUGCCAGAAGAAGAUCAGGUGGAGCUGAUAAAGCAGCACUUAAAGGGGGAAGCUAAAGAUACUGUGAAGUUCAUGAUGGAAGAAGUGGAUAACAGCGUGGAGUCCAUCUUUCAGCUGCUCCAGGAAACCUAUGGAGACAAGGUACCUAUUGGCACAAGGUUGAAAGACUUUUAUGAUCGAAGACAAGCACCUGGUGAGACCAUACGCGCCUAUGCUUACGAUUUACGAGAAAAGCUCCACAAGGUGAAACGCAGAGAGCCUAGGCGAGUUCCAGAUGAAGAGAGUGUGUUGAAAGAGCAGUUAGUCCUUGGACUGAGGGAUGAUUUCCUAAGAAGAGAGAUGAAACGGAGGGUCAAGGAAGAGCAACGCUUGACUUUUGCACAGUUGAUGCAGGACGCCAUCACAUGGUCUGAGGAAGAGGAAGCACAAGCUGAAGGUAACCUGAAGACCCCUGUGCGUGCGAGAGUAGCAGUUCACACUACAGUUGCGACUGGUGACAAUCCAUCCUCACUGACAUUAGAAAAGUUGCACGAGGCAAUAGAGAAGAUAGCUGCACGGCAGGAAGAAUUGUACAGAAUUGUCCAUAGUCAAGGGAGAGUUGAUCCACAGCCUGAUGUUAUGAGAAGACAACCUCUGAGAAACAGUGAAGGGCAAUAUAUCUGUUACACAUGUGGUCAACCAGGUCACACCAGUAGACGUUGUAGACAGUUUAAGGAGUUGGGUAACCGGGGCACGGCGUCAUCACCAAUGGCCGAAGUAUCUGAGGUGUUAAGAGGAGCUUCGUCGGGUGACAAUGCAAGCACCAGUGGGUUUUCCGUAAUCCGGAGCCAUACAGCUGAUUGGAAUGCAGAUAUAGCACCAGAAACACUAAGGGAUAGUGCUUUUGGAGACUGUUUAACAGUGGAUGUGAAAAUAGCAGGGGUGCCCACCAAAUGCUUGUUGGACACAGGUUCAGAGGUUACCACCAUCUCAGAGUCUCACUUUAAACAUCAUUUCGGAGGACAAGAAAUACAUCUGUCUUCUGCUAACUGGGUGCGCCUCACUGCUGCAAACGGACUAGACAUUCCUGUCCUUGGAUGUCUACAGGCAGACAUAGAGUGCAUGGGAAAGCUGCUUCCAGGGAAGUGUGUUUUCGUGCUAACAGACUCGAACCCCGAUGUGAAGGAGAUGAAGGGACUGGCUGGAAUUGUGGGGAUGAAUGUGCUUAGUGAAUUGAAAAACCUUGUGCUGUCUGGAAAGGAUUUGGAUAAGGAAAGCAAAGUGAACCAACGUGCAGAUGCUAAUGUCAGAAGAGUGAUAGCAAAGGUGAAAAAAGAUGAAAGACUCUUGGGCUCAGAGGGCAGGAUAGGAUUUGUUAAAGUGUCUGGGAAGCAAGUUGUGAUAAUCCCACCCUUAAGUGAGAAGAUUGUGGAAGGCCACUGCAGUAUACCUCAUCAAGUGAAGCAUCAAGUGUUGGUGGAGUGCACAGGUUCUGUUACCCUUCCAAAAGGAUUGUUAGUAGCCAAUGUGCUUGCAAGCCCAGAAAAAGGGAAAGUUCCGGUGCGAGUGUUAAAUCUCUGUCAAGAAACCAUCAGGUUGAUGCCGAGAUCCAGGAUUGCAGUUGUGUCCAAGCCUCAAAAAGUAGUCCCAAAGCAAAUGGUGGAAUUCGAAGAGGAUGAUGAUGAGUUGCGGGUUAAACGACAUGUACAGUGCAGCAUUAAGAGUGAGAUCCAGCCCGAACAACAGUCAAUUCAAGUUCAGAUGAAUCAGGAUGGACUGUCUGAGAUGCAACGGGAGGAGCUAAAUGCUCUGCUGACACGUUACAGUGAUGUUUUCUCCAAGAGUGACACAGAUUAUGGAUACACAACAACAGUGACGCAUAGCAUACCUACUGGAGAUGCUCAGCCAAUAAAACAACGCCAUCGACGAGUUCCCCCUCACGUCUUUCAAGAGUUUAAGAGACAUGUGCAAGAUCUUGUCAGUCAAGGGGUACUGAACGAGAGUCGCAGUCCAUGGGCCUCGCCUGCAGUCAUUGUGAUAAAAAAAGACGGAGGUGUUCGUUUCUGCUGUGACUACAGGAGACUCAACCAAGUCACAUUCAAGGAUGCCUACCCCCUUCCGCGUGUGGAGGAAUCCUUGGAUGCCUUGGGGAAUGCACAGUUGUUCUCAACUCUAGAUCUCACGGCAGGUUAUUUUCAAGUGGCAGUAAAGGAAUCAGAUCGAGAGAAGACUGCUGUCACAACACCGUUCGGGCUGUUUGAGUGGACACGGAUGCCGUUUGGUUUAUGCAACGCUCCGGCCACCUUUCAGCGAUUGAUGAGUGCAGCAUUAGGUGAUCUGGCCUUUGAUAUUCUUUUGAUCUAUCUUGACGAUAUUAUUGUGUUCUCUGUGGAUUUCAAGAGCCAUUGUGAGAAGUUAGAGCUUGUGCUCUCAAGGUUGCGUCAGCACGGACUGAAGCUGAAACCGAGUAAAUGUUUCCUCCUGAGACCAGAGGUCCGGUUCUUGGGACACAUCAUUUCGUCAAAGGGAGUUCAGGUAGACAUGGACAAGGUUCAGUGCUUGGACGCGUGGCCUUCACCGACGAACGUUAGGGAGGUUAGACAGCUGCUGGGAUUUAUGAGUUACUAUCGUCGAUUUGUUCCAAGAUUCGCACAGCUGGCAAAGCCUCUACAUGCCCUGGUGGGAAAAGGUAACAAAGGCAAGUCCGCAGAAGCGUUUGUCUGGAGUGAUGAGUGUCAAUCCGCAUUCAGCAAGUUAAAGAGUUGUCUCAUGUCACCUCCGAUUCUGGCUUACCCCGAUUUCCAGUGUCCGUUCAUACUCACGACGGAUGGGAGCCUCAAUGGACUUGGAGCAAUUCUCAGUCAAAAGCAGGGGGGCGUUGAACGUGUUAUUGCUUACGCGAGCAGAGGUCUAAAGGGAUCUGAAAGAAAUGACAAGUAUUACAGUGCCUUCAAGUUGGAGUUACUUGCCCUUAAGUGGGCAGUAACUGAGAAAUUUAAGGAAUACCUGAUAUUUGCAAAGUUCCAGGUUAUUACUGACCACAACCCUCUUCGCUACCUGGAGACAGCCAACCUCGGAGCAGUGGAACAGCGUUGGUCUGCACAGUUAGCGGAGUUCAACUUUGAGGUGUGUUACAAGCCCGGCAGACAGAACAUCAAUGCUGACGUUCUUUCUAGGAUUCCCUGGGGAAUGGAACCUGAGGAGGAGGACGAUGGAAAAGACUUCAUUCGGUUGACAUCAGACGAGGUACGGGCAUGCCUGUGGCCAGGUAGAGAAGAAGCGGUUGACAAGUCUGUUGUCAGAGUUGCCAGGCAAGCAGCCAUAAGGAAGGGUGUUGAUGGUUAUAGCUGGCCAUCCAUCAAAGAGCAACAGAGGAAGGAUCCUUGUAUAGCGCCUGUGUACAACGCUGUAUUCGAGAAUAGGAGGAUAAUGACACGUAGUUUCCGGGAUAUGGAAACCCAGCAAAAGAAGCUAGCUAGACAGUUGGAGCGUUUGAAAUUAAGACAUGAAGUGCUGUUCCGAGUGAUUACGGACCCAAGAGACGGAGAGGAGAUAUGGCAGUUGGUAGUGCCUGAGUCUUUACGAGAGAAAGUGUAUGGGGGAGUUCAUGAACAUGGAGGACAUUUUGGUAGCAGGAGUACAUUAGAGCAGAUGCGACAGAGUUACUAUUGGCCCACAAUGGCCAAUGAUGUACAAACAUGGGUAACCCAGUGUCGAAGAUGUACCCUAGCUAAGGAUGUAUUCCCUAAGAUUCGUGCUCCUAUGACUUGCACCAACGUAACUGCACCUCUAGAAGUUCUUGCCAUGGACUACACCAUUCUUGAGAGAUCAGCAGGGGGUUAUGAAAAUGUUCUAGUGCUGACAGACAUGUUUACAAGGUUCACUGUGGGGGUUCCAACGAAAAAUCAAACAGCACUUACCACCGCCAAAGCCCUCGUACGACACUGGUUUGUCUGCUAUGGGUGUCCCGCCCGAUUGCACUCGGAUCAAGGCAGAUGUUUCGAGGCAAACGUAAUCAAGGAGCUUUGUAAAUUGUAUGGAAUCAGCAAGAGUCAGAUGAGUCUGCUGGAGAUGUCGAUGGAGUGGCAGGGUUUAGCAGGGGGGAAUGUAACGGGCCACACUGUUACCAGGAGCCGACAGCCAAUCGCGGCACCCCAGUGGCCUCGUUUCGACAAAUGGGUCUUCUCUGCGACCAAUCACAGAUGCAUAGAUGGCAAUCGAUUCUUCACCAAAUGA